AUCACCAUGCAUUUCGGGCUACUAAGACCGCGAUCAGGAAAAAAUGGCGAGGAAAUGAAAAAAAGAUGAAAAUUCUCUUUUCUUUACGAUAUUUCAACUUAAACAUGAGUACGAAAUAGUCUAACUCUGUGGUUGAUAUAGUCAACUAGGAACAAAGGACCAGAGUAGACAUGAAGGACAAGACCUUGCUGUUGCUCUUUCUCUCGGCCUUGCUUUUAGCAGGUAUUGGGUCUGGUCCGAGGUCUCCAAUGUCCGUAGAGGCGGGUACGAAUAAGGGGUACGGAAUAAUGGGCACUACAGACAAGGAAGACAGCGAAGAAUGGGGGAAAGAAGAAGCGAGGAACUUCAAAACAACGCCUAAGCGACCUAAGGUGUCAUCGGCCGAAAGUGGAAGCGGCGAAGGAAGCGGAUUUUCACGACAGAUCAUAGCAGCUGGGGAAGGACUAUUGCAAAAACAAUUCGACAAAUUCAAAGCGCCAGCAGCAUCUAAAUUAAAUCGUGACGUGAUGGGUGUCACUCGUGUGCAAACGGAAGAGGAAGCGGCGAGGAUUAUCAAUGAGGCAGUGCAAGAGAGAAUCAAGGAAAAUACCACACCACCUCCACCGGGAAUGCCAGCGCCAGUACCCGGUGGAGACAUGGAGAAGGUCCAAAACGUCGCUAAUAAAGUGAUUAGUGGUACCCUGCCCAGUGUUGAGCAUCCCGAACAAGAGACAGUUGGCAACCCUUCUAUUCCUGAUGCAAUAGUUGGGGGAGGUGGUCAGGCAGGUAGUCAGACUAACGUACAAGCAACCGGUCAAACAGUCACUCAGCCAGGGCAACCUGGACAAAACGCCAUCUCCGUCCAAUCCAACACAAACGUGAAUUCGGAUAAAGCCUCUUCUGAGACAAACAUGGGAGUAAUCUUAGACACGAACACUACUGUGAGCACAUACAAUAUCACCGCCCCUCCGCCUGGAAGCUCCAUUGAUGUGAACAUGGGUAAAAAUGGCGCCCAUGUAAUGAUGACAACAGUGAACAGUAACAAUCAAACAGUUGAUGCUAAUGGAACGUACAUAAACCCCUUAUAUAACCCCCCAGACACGGCUGUCACACCGCAGGGUACAGACGCUUAUAAUGUGUCGGAAGUCAAGCCACCUCAGCAGCAACAGCCGCAAACGAUGCCAACAUCCCAGCCUCAACAACUACAAGAACCAUCCCAAGAAACGAUACCAACGCAAAAGCCAUCACAACAGCUACAACAAACUCAAGCACAAUUGCCACAACAGCCACAGGAAACGCAAGAACAAGCACAGGCAACUCCGCAGCAACAACUGGCGACCCAGGACAAGCAACAGGCAACCCAGGGGCAGGAACAGGAAACUCAGCUGCAACAGCAAGCAACCCAGGUUCAGCAACAGGCAACUCAGCUGCAACAGCAGGCAAACCAGCAGCAGGAACAGGCAACUCAGCUGCAACAACAGGCAAUUAGCCAGCAGCAACAAGCGGCCCAGGAGCAGCAACAGGCAACGAACCAGCAAACACAGGGAGGACAAGCACAACAGGCAGCAGUUCCCCCACCACCCCCUCCACCAUCAGUAGCACCACCACCACAGCCAUCUUCAGCCCCAACAGUAGCGCAAAUGCAACAACCGCAGCAACCGUGGACGUAUCCGCAGUCCGAGUCAUCAACUCCAGCAAACCAGUCGUCAACAGUUUCACCAAGUCAAAGUAUGCCUCAGCAACAGAGUUUUCAAAGUGUCAGCAAUUCGCCAUCGCCAACGAUUCCAGCAGGUGGAGUGGUGGGCCGUGUGAAUCAGUUGCAAGGUAAUGGGGUGCCAAACGCAGGGCAACUCCCAACUCCAUGGUAUACACAAGCAGGUGGCGUCAAUGGACAACCUCAAUCAGCGGCAUCAAAUAAUAGUGUAACAGCUAGACCUUCGGCAGGGUACACGUGGCCGACUAUUACUACUGAAGCACUUAGACCCACCGAUUACCCGCCUCAAGUAAUGAACAUGUCAAUAGGACCUACAACCCCAUCUGGUGGGUACCCAAUAUCUAAAAAUAUGAACACGCCACAAACGGACCAGCCAACAGUCCCUUCAACACAAAACGUUGGUCCUAUGCUCUCCAAUGCCCCGGGUGGAAAAAUUCUAAUAGUCAGCAAUACUACUUUCCUAAUUGGUGGACAAGGGAUUGGAGAUAAAGGAGGUUUGUCCCCAACAUCUAACCAGCCGAUGGCACAGAAUGAAGCUAGUCAGCCUGAAGUACUCCCCAGUAUAAAUACCCAAACUCAAUCUCGACCUACUAAAGACAUGUUUCAAGGGCCUGAAAGUUCCCUUCCGACAUACUCGCUACCGAAAAAUUUUACUAACGCUGUUUAUCAAAAUCGGCCAGGUAGUUUACCUGAUGAGGCAGUUGCUGAGACGUCAGUUAACAUAUCUUUUCCUGGUGCCAAACCUGGACAAGUAGUGCUACUUCCGAAGAAAGUGAAGAAUGACCCGAAUGAAGAAGCUCAGCUUGUUCCAUUGGUCGACAAAGGAAAGACAACUCCACAACCAACCGCGCCUCCUCCUGCACACACAUUUGUCCCUACUGUAAUGGGAAGCAAACCAACUGAGAUUGGUACUGUUGGACCAACCGAUAUGAACCAACCAACAAUCAUCGGUUCCGUCACACCUACUGAUCACAUUACCACCGAGAUGGGGACUGUCGUUCCGACAAACCCGGGACCAGGACUGGCACCGACACCGACUAUGCCAACACUGGCUGGCGAUGGUUACAAGAUAGAGACAAGCCUCCGGUUGAAGUUUGGGGAAAAUAAACAGUUGCCACUCAACAUGAUAGUUGGUGAUAAAGAUAACACCAAUCUUGUCAAGAUGCCGCUUGGACCAAGCCGUGAAAGAAUUAACAACCCGAUGCACUUUGACGAAGACAUGUAUCAAGAACGCUCUAUGGCGGGACAGGCUGUCACUACCGUAACUCCAUCCAAACCUGACAUAAGACCCACGCCUGAUCCGUAUGGGGGUAUCAAGGAUGCUAUUUUGUCGGUGGAUAUCUCUCAACUAAAGCCUGGUCAGUUACUGAGUCUCCGUUUGCCCAACAGUCACAAAAGUGAUCUGUUCAAAGUGAAGGACAUCAAGACCAGGGAUUCAAGUAUUGAAGCGUUUACGAAAGAUGAAGUUGGUAGUCACGACGGGAUACAACCAAGCAAAAGGCACCUGUUGUAUGCAAUUAUAGAAAAAGUGAAAAAGAAUAGAAAGUAUGCCAAUGCAAUGAAAUCACUUUUUACAAUGGGGAGCCGCCGAUCGGAGAGUGAAAGUCCUCUGUUGAUUGUAAAGAGCGCUCUAAAGCGUGCAAGAAUAAUAAAUUUGCCAAAGAAGGACAAAUCCAAGAAAUACACCAUGAAGGAAUUAGAAAGACGAAGUGAGGAGGCGCUAGAGAAAAUGUUUCAAAGAAAUAUAUCUAAGUCUACCAAGGCUACGCUUCAUUCAAAACACUCAGAGGAAGUCGAAAAGCGAACUCUAGGACUGAAACAUCUUUAUAAAAAGGCUAGAAUAGGAAGAAAAACUAAAAAAGCCAAUAGAAAGGGCCAGGAUAUCACCGGAUCGAAGAAAACUGAUGGUACAUUCAAGAUUACACUCAAACUCAAAGGGGAAUCCGAUGAUGACAGUGGCCUCCAUGUCGAUGAACCACCAGAGGAAAUGAAUGACCCGCUUUUUGGCAAAAAGAAGAAGUUGACGUUUAAGGGGAAAUUUAGCGACAAAAAAUCAAAAGAAGAUAAGUCAGAAGAGGAGGAGGAGGAGAAGGAAAUGGGAUCCAAGGGUGGGAAGAAGAAAGGAAAGUCUGGCAAGGUUGGUGCAGCAGGGAAUAGCACUGGUACGGGUAAUGGGGCGUCCCAGGGUGAAAAUAACAACUCUCAAGCUGGACAAGAAGGAGGAAACAUGGCAAACGGUAACGGAAACCAAGUAAAUCCGCAACAACAAGCGAAUACGGGUAACCAAGUCCCACAACAAUCGGGCAACGCCGGAAAUAACGGUGACAAUGGGAAUAUAGGAGGAGCCAGCAACAAUAAUAACAACCAAGCAAAUGCGAACACUAAUCAACAAAUGGCUGGUCAGGGUGCUGGUAAUACUGGCGACUCUCCAAACACAAAUCAUGGAAUAAAUAACACUCCAGCUCAAGAAAACGGAAAUAUGGGUAACACAAAUCAGGGAAUAAAUAAUAAUAAUAAUGCCAUCCAGCAAGCCGGCAACAUGGGUAACACAAUUGCCAGUAAUCAGCAGAUGAGCGCUGCAGGGGUUAACGGAAAUACUGGCAACGAUAACACGGGUAAUGUAAAAAACAUGACCAACGUUAUCAUACAAGACGAGAAAGGGAACACCAUAUUCAAGGGCCCUGUUAACGUAGCAACACUGAACGAAACUGUAGUUAAGAACGGUGGCGGAGAUAAGGCAAGUUUCAAGCUAGAGAAAGCAGGAUACAAGGUAGAGGAGAACACAGACUCACUUGGUAUGGCAGUCAUUGAAAAAAGCCUGCAGAAAACCUUUCAUCCGGUGAAGAAGACAAACCUUUUCAAGUUGACUGAUCAUAGAAACAAGCGAAGAAGAAUUCGUAGGUCUAUAGAAGAGAAAAAUCAGACAACCGAAGAGAACAACGCUUCUAAGAGAACUGAAGGGACUUUUGAGAUUGAACUGAAAAUGUCCGACGAGAAGAAGAAAGAGGAAUCAGAUGAAGAGUUCCGAGAUGACACUUCCAAACAAAGCGAUAAAAAGAAAAAGAUGGAAUUCAAAGGGUCAUUUUCAGACGAUAAAAAAGAGGAAUCUGACAAUAUUAAAAAGGGAUCUGAAAGCAAAGAGUCCUUUGUAGUAAUAAAAGAUGAAAAAGGGAACAUUUUGUACAAAGGGAUGAUGGAUAUUGAUGCUCUGAAGAAAACAGAGAGUGAUGGUAAGAGCGAAAAGCUGAAAAUCAAGAAAGUGGAUUCUGAUGAACCAUCUGAUAAGGAGGUCCUGCAAGACGCACUUCAAAGAGUAAACGCAAUUCGCCGAGAAGGAAUUGCAGCGGCGGCUAAACGAAUUGAAGGCCUCACCUUAGAGCUGGAAAUGUCAGACGAUAAAAACGCAGAAGCAAAGAUUGUCCCAAAUGACAAUAAGACAAAUAACAAGGAUUCAGAGCUCGCGAAAAAGGGACAGACGAAACAAGGUCGGAAAAUAUGUAACGUUUUCAUUGAAGAUGCAAAAGGAGAAGUUCUUUACCACGGCCCCAUCGAUAUAUCAGCAUUAAAACAAACUUCUGAGAUAAACCCCGAGGUUCCAAAUACACCAAGAAAGAAAACGUUUCCUCAAAAUUACGCAAACAUUGAUUCCCCUGAAAUCACUCAAGCAAUGGGAGGAUCUUAUCCAGGAGUCGAUGACAUCAUGUUUGACAAGGGAAAGAAGCACCGAAGGUCCUUAGAACUGAUUACUGGAACACCUGAAAGUCAGCAAGACAGUUCACGCGCCGAUAACCCGCUUCCAGACAGCAACGCAGAUAAGAAAACAGAUGGAACUUUUAAACUUAUGGUCGAGGUGGCAGAUAAGGACCAGAAUUCAGAUCAAAAUGAUGCCGCAGCUAGGCAAAUUGCCUCGACUACCCACAAUGAUGAUGAUAAGAAGAUGACGUUUUCAGGAACAUUUAUGGACGACAAGGAAAAAGGUGACGAAAAAAAAUCUGAUAAGAAGAAAGCGAAAAAAGGAAAAAAGGAAUCGGAGGAGAAAGAAUCAGAAGGAGAUAAAAAGAAGAAAAAGAAAACUGAAGAAAAUGAGGAAGAAGAAGAAAAAGAGAAAAAGAAGGAAAAGGAAGACAACGAGGAAGAUGAAGACAAUAAAAAGAAAAAGAAAGGCGAAAAUGAGAAAGAAGAAAAAAAGAAAAAGAAAAAGGAAGAAAACGAAGAAGAGGACGAUAAAAAGAAAAAGAAAGAAGAAAACGAAGAAGAAGAAAAGAAGAAAAAGAAAGGGAAAGGAGAAAAUGAAGAAGAGGACGAUAAAAAGAAAAAGAAGGAAAACGAAGAAGAGGACGAUAAAAAGGAAAAGAAAGAAGAAAACGAGGAAGAAGAGAAAAAGAAGAAAAAGAAAGAAAACGAAGAAGAGGAUGAUAAAAAGAAUAAUAAAGAAGAAAACGAAGAAGAUGAAAAGAAGGAAAAGAAAAAGAAAGAAGAAAACAAAGAAGAGGACGAUAAAAAGAAAAAGACAAAGAAGAAGAAGAAGAAAGAGGAAGAGGAACAAGAAGAAGACGAGAGAAGAAGAAAAGAAAUUCAUAACGGUUUUAGUGACAACAACGGACGUGAUCAAAAAACCAAUGUCAUCAUCGAAGAUGACAAUGGAAAUGUUUUAUAUCAAGGGCCGGUAAACAUUGAUGCACUGAACAAGACAAUAUCAUCUCGUGAAGGAACAAGCCAAUACCUUCUUCGGAAGCAAGGCUACAAAAUAGUAAAACAUAACGUCAACAAAGACGCCAUGCAGACACAAGCUGACUUACCAAUCACUAUACCUGCCGAGGAUCCUAACGAUAGCGCUAUCUCUAAAACCAAUAAAGGUACCAACACUUUUUACGUGUCCACGCGAAUAAAAAAUCCAUCCAGUUCUGAUAACCAGGAAUAUUCCCUCGACAUUUCCACAUCUGAUGAGAACAAUGAAAUGAAGGAUACAACAUCUGCGAAUAGUAAUAAACAAAGUAAUGAGAUAACAACAAAAGCAGGUGGAAUGAACCAGACUCCAACCUUAAGCAGCAUACUUAAGACUCAAAGCAGCCCUCUUGAGGAUACCAAGAAUUCAGCACUUGGCUCUUUGAGAGCGAGUAGUGUCUUUAGCGGAAGUGAAACGGUACCAAACGGCCAUGCAGAGCAACAGGGACAUCAUAACGCUAUUGAAGUGAUUGACAAGUCCUUCCAUGAUCAGCCAAAUGAUAUGGGAACAAUACGCGUGGUUAGUACAAGGGCCAAUGAGACGAAUGGCAUAGUCGGCGGCCAGAUAGUCCAGCCAGGGAACACAGCAACGAAGGUAGAGGACCAAGUAAAGGGAGUCGAAGCAUUAAAGAUUCCCCACGAUAGCCCACCUCAAGAAAGUGCAAAUCAAAUCUCACAACAAGCUUUUAGUUCUACAAGACCUACAAGUGGCAUAAAGCUGUAUCAGGUUUUAAAACUCACGCGCCAGGAUCUGCGAAAACUGAUUUCAGGCAAUCAGCAGAGCAGUAUCCAGAGUAUGCACGCUGAUCAGCCGGACCACCCGAAGACCGAAAAUGUACUGGACCGACAAGUGACAUUCACCAUCUCAGGACCUUUCCUUGACAAGACAGAAAAGGGAGACGUAAAGGAGCCAGCCCUUAGCAAUGUGUAUAACGAUAACCCUGUACAGCAAAGCAAGACGCACGAUUCAGGUCCCAAUACUGCCUUGACACCGGUUAUCAACUCCACGAAAAGCGAGCCAAUCCCUUUCCAGACGCAAGUAAUCGUGAAACAGCCUUUUGGACAACCACCAAUUAAGUUAGACGAUAGCAUCUUAGUGGGUGCUAGACCAAGACCGGAGUCUGUUAAUCCUGUACAUUCUCUUGAUAUGGUGCAAAAUGAUCAGCCAAUGCAGGGAUUUAGAGAGAGAAUGAGGAGACCAAAUGCAAGACCCCUCCAGAUCUCCACUAACGAACCAGGCGGUAUAGACGGUUCAACCGUAAUCUCUGUUUUAGAUGGACCAGGUCAAAGGCUUGAUUGCAAAACAGUCCCUAACGGAGAUGCCAUGACUUUACUGAACUGUGGUCAAAAAGGUUACGCUAAUAAUCCUAACCCAUUGAACAUUCCACAAAGUGACCUUGCUCAGCCUCCUCUUGACGAGCGCCAGGCGAGCGACCAAAGCAUGCUCCAGUCAAUUAUGGGAGCCCCUGACAUUACAAUGAACGAAGAACCCCAAACGAGGCAUGGAAGACCGACCGCACCCAUGCCUUAUGGGACAGUUACCAAUCCUGUAUCUGUAAACAGAAUGAACGAAGAUAUCAAAAAAUACCUCGACAAAGAGAUGUCAGAUGAGAAGAAGAUGAUCCAAGACUUGUUGAUAGGUUCAGGAACACCGAAGGCAACCCUUGGAGGGGAACGAGAAAGCUCGGAUCCAAUAGUUCCUUUUGGCUUUCAGUACUACCCCGGCCCGGAAGAACAAUCGAUGUUCAAUAUGGAGCGCGAAAAUCCCAUGUUUGGCCCAGUUUUGCGAGCGCGACCUCCUUUGUUCUCGGGAAAUCCUCGCAUGAAGCCACAUAACAUGUUCGUCGGACAUCAACCCAGUGGUUCACCACCAGCUGUUGGCGCCAAGAAGGCGGUUUCUAAAGACUCCAAGCCUUCGUCUUCCCCAGACAAGAGGCUCUUCAGCAGGUCGCUCUCGUGGCGUCCAUUCCACCCUCUUGUACCGAUAUUCGGGAUAAACCUUCCAUCUUGGAACUUCCGAAAUGCCUACGCAAGGUCGGGGCCUUGGAGAGUAAGUGGGUGGAAGCCAUUUGGGAUGAGGUCGACCAUGUGGAGACCCAGGCUGUGGCUGCCGCCCUUUAUAAGCACACCGAUCAUUAGCCCGCCAAUCCCUGUCCGACUGGCAGAACAAAACACAAAAGCGUGCAAGAAGGAUAAGAGUGACAAGAAGUGUAAAAGCCGCGAUGAACGCGCUAUGGGGGAGUGGGAAUGGCUGGGUCGGGUGCUGUGCAGCUGUCCUUGUUGUAUAGAGUGCGUAGACUGGUAAAGAGUGUGAUACUGUAACAGUACACUUUGAUAAAACACGACGCUAGCGAUGAAAUAUGAUGGCCGUGAUGAAGGAUGAUGGCAGUGACUUUGUCAUGAACUAUCGUGCCAAUGAUAAAUUGGCAAAAUGAUGCCAGUGAAAAAUGGUAACCCUGACAUGGAUAGACUAUGGUGUUUGUGGUAGUAAAUAGUGGCAAUACGACCCGUUGCAAAGUUAGACUGUAGUCUCUUUGAUAGCCGUCGAGGCAAGUCCCUUCGAUUACAGAAAGAACAGUGACAGUUUUGCAUGUUUAACUCACAAUUAAAAAGUCAUAAAUCCACAAGAGAUCCACUAAAAUCGUUAGUAUUUUUUAUGUUACUUAUUAUCAUCUCUGAGUGUGGAAUCGAGAGAAAGUCUGAGCUUUGUUUAUAACGCUUUAAAAAUGCUUACAAGGCAUUGUAUGGGAACCUAUAUUAUAGCCAUCUUGGUUGUAAGUUCUUGUUGGUGAAGGCAUGUUUACUUGAAGAGAAAGAACUUGGUAGCUGCACUAGAAUUAUGCUUUUACCUUUAUGGUAUUUAUAGAGCUUUGAAUCGGUUUUCGAUCACAUGAAUGCAAGCAAUUAAUAAAAACUUAUUAAACACAUGAA